CGAGGAGGAGGAGGAGAGCAGUGACGAGGGAGAUGCAUCUGUGGAUAGGAGUUUGAUUUUUGGGGCUUGAAGGUCAUCGAAGAUUCAUGCAACCACACCAAAAGGACGGGCACCAAUACCACACCGAACAACUAGCAAAGGAAUACCAACUACUACCGCACUGGAUGGAACGCAUGGACUAGAGCAUUCAACAAUUUCGACAGGACAACUACCACCUACGCAGCACACUCGUUUUAUACCAUUAAUGAUUCGUUUAUUUAGAUUAUCGUUAGUUAGAAGUAGAGACAAAUAGCUCUUUAUAUGUGGCUCGUAUCAAUUAUCUUGCUUUGCGUCCUGGGACAGUCAAUAUUGACCUUUAAGAAACCUGCAAACAUACCUGAGCCGCUUCGCUGUAUGUCGAUGAACGGACGCCUACGUGGGGGUAUGAUGGUCGAAGAGGGUUCGCGGAGCUUGAACUUCAACACAACACCAAUCAUGCACUCUCAGUAUUUGUGGCACGUACACUACCAUCGAGUAAAGCGGGGGCGUAGUUUCACGGCGUGUAUCUUUGACCAUGCUCAUCAAAGUCAAGACGCUCACUGGCAAGGAGAUUGAGUUGGACAUAGAUCUCGAUGACAAGAUUACUCGCAUCAAAGAGAAGGUUGAAGAGCAGUCCGGUGUGCCACCACAGCAGCAAAGGUUGAUCUUCGGUGGGAGACAGAUGCCGGAUGACAAGACCGCUAAGGAGUUCAACAUCUCCGCAGGAUCAGUACUCCACCUUGUUCUUGCUCUCCGUGGCGGCUUUUGAGAUCGCGGACGGUUAUUGCGCAUGGCGAAAUCGUGUUAUAGCAAGGCAGAAACUCAAUCGCAAGGUGUACUUUGUGUUAUUAGCAUCAUAAAUACUUGAUUUUCACUUCUUGUAUCGCUCUCAUCUCGUAUCGCCCAUCUUCGGCGAUGGGUCACUCGGCAUG